GCUCAUAUUCAAAAGAUCCAUCUGGAUCUUUUCUGAGAUCCUGAUUUGAUCUUAUCAGAAUGAGCCAUUUCUCCUGUAGGCUCCUUCAACUAUACUGGGCUACUGGGUGGUGGUGGGUUGCUUGUAAAUUGAGCUCUCAUGAAUUAGGCUCCUUCUACUUUCCAUGAACAUUCUAGGAGCUGGGGUCACUAAAGUUGGGCAGUCCCCAAAUCCAGAACCUGGGCAGGUAUAGAGGUUUAAUGUCUUUAAUCACAGCACUUGAGAGUUAGAGGCAGGUAGAUCUCUAAGACCUGAUCCACACAGUGAGUUUCAGGCCAGUCAGGGUUCUAGAGAGACCCUGCCUUAAAAACCAGUCAGGGUUCUAGAGAGACCCUGCCUUAAAAACCAGUCGGGGUUAGAGAGACCCUGCCUUAAAAACAAAUAAGGAAGAAAAGGCCAUGCUCUAUGAAGACUCUGCUUCAUAGAGGAGCAGAGUCAGGAGCUCCAGGGUUUCCUGAAGGGUGAGGGGAGUCUGGGACUGAGAGGACACUGUAGGCCUCACGGCGUGUCACUGCAGGCCCUAUGCCUGUGUCUGUGGGAAUGCAGUUUUGUGUAUGUAUGUGAUUGUGAGGGGCAUGCCUAUAUUUAAAGGCUUUAAGUCGGGUUAUGUGUGUGAGAGAGACUGCCUGUCUGUGUGGGGACCUAGUUUGUGCCUGAAUAUGUGUUCUAGGGUGGGUCCUGUGUCCUCUGAGGGUACUUGAGCUAUGAAAAGAGAUUUGAGAGUUUUGUUGUUCAAUAUAAUAUCAAAGUGACUGGGGUGCGACUUGUAAUAGGUGUUGACACCUAUUACACUCCUCAUUCACUGACUGACAGUGCUACCUGAGACCCAGAGAGUGAGCUUCAGUCCCUUUGUCCAUAGGGUGGUUGAUGAUACCUGCCCUGCUUCUUUCCAAGGCCAGUGUAGCAGUCCAGGUAGAAACAGCAUGGGGCGAUGAGUUGGGGAGUGCAAAGGGCGGACAACAGGAGGAGGAAGAGAUGAGAAAGAGAAGAGAUCAUAUGGUUAGGAGGUGGGUCAGGAGAUCAAGAGGCAGGGCCCCAGGUGAGGCAGAGCCUGGACAGGGAGCUCCGGCAGCCCUGGAGAAAGCUGAAGGCCCGGAAGCCUCCGAACGCUCCUGGGAAGGCCAUCUGCCCCCCAGGAAGUCUAGGUCUCGCAGAGGAGCCUGCCUGGAGUCUGGGGUGAUAGCCCACUUCUUUUGUUCAGUAUGACUUGAAAUUUUUCUUUCUAAUUUAUAGACAUAAUCCCUGAUUGAGGCACACAGUCUAAUGAGAGAUGUAAGAGGAGAUAGUGGCUUAUUCCUCUAAUCCAAGAAGUGGGGAGGCCAAGGUAGGAGGACUCACAUGAAAUCAAGGUCAGCCUGGGCUAAAGAGUGAAACCCAUCUCAGCCCCACCCUCCAACAAAUAAGUAAAAGGAGAUGGAAGGAACAGGACUGGGAGAAAAGAGAGGAGCUAGGUUAGAGGUUCUCAAGUGUGUGUUGUGACCCCACAGGGGUCACACAGUCAGAUAUUUACAUUAUGAGUCAUAACAGUAGCAAAAUUAUGGUUAUGAAGUAGCAACAAAAUAACUUAUGGUUGGGCGGGGUCACCACAACAUGAGGAAGUGUACUAAAGGGUCGUAAUAUUAGGAAACUGGGGGACCUAAGGUCAUUCCCUGCCUUAGCGUGGGUGCUGCAGAUAAUGCAUCAUCUGUUCCUAUUACCUAACUCCUGUCCAUCCUGAAAAUCCCUUCCAAGGUGUCUCCUCCUCUAGAACACCUUGCCUAGCUUCUUUGAGUCAACUGGGCUCUCUUCUAAGUGCCUACUGUUCUCGGUGAGACUGCCUACAUUUCUUUCAUACCAUUUCCAUAUCUGUCUUCCUCAGCAGACUGGGCUCUCCGUGAGAACAGCACUGCACUGAGUCAGAAAGUGCUUGUCGAGUAAAUGGGCAGGACUUCUCAGCCUAGUGCUCUGGGAAAGGGAGAUAGUCUAAACAAAAUCCGAAAGACUUUACAGCUCAGAGGUUCAGCAGAGUAGGCUCUCAGCUCUGCCUGUCUUGCAGGCCCUCAGGCCAGCGGGACCAGUGACCUCAGUCCACCUGAUCCCCUCUACCUGACUCUUAGCAUACCAGUUAGGGAACUAACAUAGGUAGUUGCUGGCCCUAGGAAUACUUCACCCCCACUCCCUGAGGCUCUUCUGUUGGAUACAGUUGAAGCUUUUAUUUAUGCUUUGAGUUUCCUAUCCAGAAUAUCCCAGGAAGGGCCAACCCUAGGAAGAAAAUAAGUAAUGUAGCCUCAUACAUCCGCCAUUAAUGACAUCGCCUCUACUUAUACAUCCCAAGUAGCAGGAGCUCCCUUCAGGUAACCUGCUUUAAGGAGGUUUAGUAACUAACAAUGAGCACACUAUUCUUUAUAAUAAGCAUAGAUUUUUUUUCUUGCGGGGGGGGGGGGUUUGACACAGGGUUUCAUUAUAUAGUUCUGGCUGGCCUAGAACUUGUUCUGUAGAACAGGGUGGCCUCAAACUCACAGAGAUCCACCUGUCUCAGCCUCCCAAGUGCUGGGAUUAAAGGCGUGCACUACCAUGCCUGGCUGAUAGAUUUUCUUUUGAAUCCCUGCCCUGGCCUUGGUCCUGCAGAGAUGGAGAGCCCUAAGUCUGUCAGAGUAGUGUGGCACUAAUUUGCAGGCAACCUUCCGGGACAGCGUCUACAGGCUCCUUAAAACCCUAAACACGUCCUUGGGUCCUUGGACUCUGUCCAGUUGUUUACCUGUGUUAUCUUUGUUGGGCCCAGAUCUGGAUAAUUAGAUGCCAGCUGGCCUGGCAAUGCAGGCACAAGGAGUACUGUUCCUUCCUCUUCCUAGCAGACUUUGGUUGAUGCAGCCGAGCUACCGUUCGCGUUUCUGUACAGAUGCGGGCUGGACUCAGAGGCUUCCUACCUGGGCUUGUCUCGAGCUCUUUUGGACUUGACUCUAUUUUAUUCAUUCUUUGUGUGUGUAUACACGCAGGCACAUGUAUUCAUGCGUCCAUGCCCCAAGCACAUGUGUGCAGUCAGGGGACAACUUUGUGGAGUCUUUUAUUUCCUUCCGCCUUCACACGGGUUCCAGGUUCUGACUCGGUCGCCAGGCUGCAUGACAAAUGCUUUCAGCCUUCAGACAUCUCGCCAGCCCCUUGGUUCUCCUCACACAGGGUUAGUCAGCUCUCUUUGUGGGUCCAAAAACAUAUCCAGUCAUGUUCUCAUGAAAAAGAGGCAGCUUCUUCUUUCUCUUUUCCCUUUCUAGAAACCUGAUUGUCCCCUGGACACAGUGUUUACAAAGGUGUCCGCCCCCGUGCCUGGCGGAGAAGCUAGUGGGCUGCCCUUAGUCACUAUCACUUCUCACAGUUGCACAGUGUUCCGGGAUUUAUGAGGUGGCCUUGUUGAUUCUGAGAAGGCUGUGUGCCUGGGCAGGCAUGGAGAGCUUGGCUUUGUGGGCGGAGGGCAGGCCCUGAGGACCUGGGGGUGGGACCCUCUGGUCUGGAGCAGCUUCAGUCUGGCUAGAGCCUUCAGUCCUAUCCCAGGAUUCUUCGGCACCCAGUGUAAGUGUUUCUUGAUCUCCCUCCCAUUCCGGGACAUUCCUGAUGGAAAGCCACUCUGGUGGACUGGGGUCUGCUUCCUCCUUAAUGGGAGGACGUAUGGGUUCCAAAGAAAGAUUUGGGCCUAGGCCCUUUAAUUCAAAGCCAGACCUCUGCCUCAACUUGCCCCAAAAGGGAGCCCAGCUGGAGGAACCAUGGUGGUCAGAACUUUAGGGACUGUAGUCAGAGACGGUACUUCUCGGGCAGGAGGGAAGAAGGGGUGGGAAAGCCAGCUCCCUGGGUCUGUAUUUAACCUGGAUGGAGGCUGCCUGGGUUUGACUCAGUACACUGAGCUGAAGCUGAAGGGAGAAGGUUCUUAAGACCCUCACAUUCCUCCAAGUUUUGGAUUGGAUAAGCUUGUCCUCAUAGAGGGGAAAGGAAUGGAUAUUUGGGCCUCCACAGAAUCAGAGUGCUGCUGACCUGCGGCUUGGCUCAUUUAGAGCCUGGGGGUGGAAUGGUUGGUAAUUUGUAGAUCUACUGAAGUGAGUCGUAGGACAUUCUCAAUGUUCCUAGUUGAACAUGGGUGAGAAGGAGGAAUGUGAUCAGACAGGGUCAGUGGGAGGUCUGAGCCAAGGGUUCUUAAUUGAGAGCCUUAACUUCUAGGUAACAAGAGGCUUUAGUUCAGGCAUUUUGUCCUGGUAGUUCUGGGUCCUCGUCUCCCCUGCUUUGUGAUGGGAAUGCCAACUUUUCCACUUCGAUCCUUCUCCUCCGCUGCCGUGAGGAUGGUGACUGUGAAGUGAAGCCAUCACAGUUGCAAUAUUCAUGCCCUGAGACCCUUUAUUGUCUAGGCUCUUUAAAAGGGGGAACCAGGGCUGGAGAGACGGCUCAGAGGUUAAGGGCACUGGCUGCUCUUCCAGAGCUCCUGAGUUCAAUUUCCAUCAACCAUAUGGUGGCUCACAGCCAUCUAUAAUACGAUCUGUUGCCUUCUUCUGGCAUGCAGGUGUACGUGUAGACAUAACACUGUCUCUAUAAUAAAUAAAUAAAUCUUAAAAAAUAAACAAACAAACGUUACUGGGUUUAAAAAAAAAGGAUGGAACUAGAGUAUGAGCGUGCCAUGGUUCCUAAGAGCUGCCCUGCCUGUCUCUGCCAUACUUGUCCCAUCUCUCUCAUCUUCUAUCUUCUUUUUCUGCCCUUCCUUCCACUUAAGUUCUGGCUUUUCCUUGUACCAGCUCUGGAAAAGGCUUUCCUUUCCCAGGCCCACGUAUCCUACCAGGCCCCAAGUUGUGCCCCUUGCCUUGCUUGGACCACUCCUUACAGGAUGUUCUCUGCGCCCUUGGACCCUGAUGGGACCGUGUUCCGGCUCCGAUUCACAGCCUUUGUCUGGUGGGUCAUCACUUUCCCCCUGUUCGGCUUCUUCUUCUGCAUCAUCUGGUCUCUGGUGUUCCACUUUGAGUACACGGUGGCCACUGACUGCGGGGUGCCCAAUUACCUGCCAUCAGUGAGCUCUGCCAUUGGUGGGGAGGUUCCCCAGCGUUACGUGUGGCGCUUCUGCAUUGGCCUGCACUCGGCACCCCGCUUCUUGGCGGCCUUCGCCUAUUGGAACCACUACCUCAGCUGUGCAUCCCCAUGUCCGGGUUACCGCCUUCUCUGCCGCCUCAACUUCAGUCUCAACGUGGUGGAGAACCUGGCGCUGCUCGUGCUCACCUACGUCUCCUCCUCUGAGGACUUCACCAUCCACGAAAAUGCUUUCAUUGUCUUUAUUGCGGCGUCCCUCGGUUACAUGCUCCUCACCUGCGUUCUCUGGCGGCUGACCAAGAAGCACACAGAUCGCAAGUCCUACAGCUGGAAACAGCGGCUCUUCGUCAUCAACUUCAUCUCCUUCUUCUCGGCGUUGGCUGUCUACUUCCGGCACAACAUGUACUGUGAGGCUGGAGUCUACACCAUCUUUGCCAUCCUGGAAUACACUGUUGUCCUAACCAACAUGGCGUUCCACAUGACGGCCUGGUGGGACUUCGGGAACAAGGAGCUGCUGAUAACCUCUCAGCCUGAGGAGAAGAGGUUCUAAACCCUCUCAUGCUGGGAAGAGGCGGCCCACCGCCCAGAGACAAGACACUGCUCUGGCCUCCCUCUCUCCAUGUCCUCCUGGCCCUUCUCAAGCUGGGGACUGGGUGAGAAGAGCAGCAUGGGGUAUGACAAGGCUGACCCCAACACUUCUGACUUCUCCCCAGCCCUUGCAGAGAUCUUCAGGAAGCAUCACCGUUAACUGAAAGGUCCUAAAAACUGGGCUGGCAGGGAAGCUCCACCACUUGGUGCUAAAGUCCCGAGGUCCAUGACCGUUAUCUAGUUUUUGACCUUAUCUAGAGACUUCACUAGGGUUAGGAACCAGAGCGGUGGCUGCGAGCAGGAGCCCACAGCCGUUUUUCUCUAGGUCAUUCAUUUGACUGGUGUCUGGUGAUCUACUGUGCCCACCCAGAGUGGCGGCAGGAGAAUCCUGCCCAGGUGUUCUGGGUGUACCCCCUUCCCCAUCAGCCUCUUUGUGAUCCUGUGUAUGACCGGGAAGUAUGUUGUAUGAUCUCCAAGGGCUUUUGUCUUGGAGGUCAGCCAAUGGAAGUAGUGCUCUGUACUUGACAGGUAACUUGUCCCAGAAAAAGCAUCCAGCGUAGGCUGUGCUUUCCUUCCCACAUAGAGCCACUGGCUUUUUGACAUACUGGAGUAUGCCUGUAACUCCAGCACCUUGGAGGCUGAGAUGGGUGGACUGCUAAAGAUCCAUGCCAAUCUGGGUUACACAGGGAGCCCUGGUCUCAAAAGCGAAAUAGGAUUCCAGGCAUCUUAAAGAUGCCUUUAAUCCCAGCACAGCAGAGGCAGGCAAUUACCUGUGAGUUCCAGGCCAGCCAGGGCUAUAUAGCAAGACCUUGUCUCAGGAAAAAAAAAAUAAUCAAAGAGCCCUAAAAUCACAGACUUUUACGACCUUCCCCUCCUUUGACAAGAGGGAAGGGGGCAGAGGUAGAUUUCCCUACUCCAGAAUGGGUUCCUUGAUUUUCUUUCAUCUUCUCUACUGUCCCAGAUACCCAGCUUUUAUUUGUGUAUUUUAUUUCAAAGGACAAUAAAUUUUUUUUUCUUUGCCAACAGUC